AGAAGAAGAUACAAAUGCAUGUGAAAGUUUAAAACAAUCUAUUCAAUGAAAAAAUAUACCGUAAACUUAUUAUGUUUUAAAAAUUGAUAGACACAUAUAUAAUACUCCCUCUGUUUCAUUAUAAGUUUCGUUUUAGGUUUCGGCACACAGAUUAAGGAAACAACUAAUUUUGUAUAUUUCCUAUAAAAAUAUUAUUACCUAUACACGUAACCAUAUUUUAACCAAUAGAAAAAUAAAUUUUGCAUUGAAAAUCGAAAACGACACUUAUUUUGUAACGAAAAAAUUUUCUAAAACGACACUUAAUAUGAAACGGAGGAAGUAUAAUAUAUACCAAUUUAGAAUUGAAAACAAAAUGUUUAUAUAAAAAUAAAUGAAAAUAAACGUAUCCUAUUUAAUAUCAUUCCAUAAAAUUAAAGUCAAAAGUAUUUAUGUUGCCGCGUUCACGUGGCGAGCACGUGGCAGCCAAAAUCCAAAACGGAACAAAAACUCAUAACUUCCUGCGACGAUCAAAUCAACAAAUAAAAUAAUUAAAUUCCAUAAGAAAAUGGUUUUCUUCUUCGUCUUCCUCUGACUGAAAACUUGCUCAGAUCGUUCAUCUUCCAAGCGGAAGCGUCUCCUUCCAUCACCGUAGACGCCUUCCGUGACGGUCUCUACUCGCUCUUUCCCUGAAUGAGCAGGAAACUGAAGACAUGCAUUCAAAAUCUAAAAGUGGGAAUCAGAUCGUUUCAGAGGCUCAUCAUCAUACAUCAUCAUCGUCCAUUAACAGUUUAAACCCUUGGCUGCGUGCUGCUGCUUCCUGCGAUGCAAACUCUUCUGUGGAAGAAGCUGGAGAUAAGUCGAUAGCAUUGGAGAACCAAACCAAUUUGGAAUCAUCAAACGGGUCCAAGUCACCAUCUAACCGAGAUGAAAAUGGUAACAAGGAGUCACAAGUCACAGCCUCUCCCCAACAGUCAGCUGCGGAUUACAGUGAAAAAAGCCAAGAACUUGUGCAUCCUGGCAGUACACCACCUCCUCACCCUCAACUUGUUAGCCACACUGUUGGAUGGGCAUCCUCAAAUCCAUACCAGGAUUCAUAUUAUGCUGGAAUGAUGGGAGCCUAUCCCUUGACUUAUGUUCCACACGGUGGGAUGCCUCAUUCAAGAAUGCAACUGCCUCCUGAGAUGGCACAAGAACCUGUUUACGUGAAUGCUAAACAGUACCAGGCGAUUAUGAGGCGAAGGCAGGCACGCGCCAAGGCUGAGCUAGAGAAGAAGCUUAUCAAAUCCAGAAAGCGUUAUCUACAUGAAUCUCGGCAUCAGCAUGCUAUGAGGAGGCCUAGGGGUACUGGAGGACGGUUUGCAAAGAAAACUAACACCGAAGCUUCACAGCAAAAAGAUGGAGAAAAGAGAAAUGCUUGUGCUACUCAGUCCCCGACGUCAUCUCAUUCUGAUCAGCAUGAAGGUUGUAGUGAUGAGUAUAGAACAAAUCAGUCCGAUGAGAUGCAGAGUUCAGCUUAUAAGAUAAGGGAAGAAGCAGGCUGUUCAGGGCAGCAGUGGAACAACAUUUCCUCAAACCAUCCUUCUCAACCUCUUUUAGCUAUCAAGUAACCUCUACGCUGGCAAAUCAUUCUUGGCUCUAUCUUUGUUGGCUUAUGUGUUAGCAGCCAUUGAAGAGUUAUCUCAGUUUUCUUCUUUCUUGUUUUGUACAAACACUAGUGUGCUUAUGUUAGAAUGCUUCUUUGUCAACACCCUUUAGGUUUAAUAACAAACUUGAAGUUUUGAAUCCGAAA